AUGUAUGUGAGUUACCUUUUGGAUAAAGAAACCAGCAUGUAUCCAGGAUCUGCAAGGUGCAGCAGCAACAACCUGCCAGUGCAAAACUUUGUGUCUACUCCGUCUUAUCCGGAUUACAUGGGAUACCAUCAUGUGCCAGCUCUGGACACCCACAGCCAGCCUGCGGGAACCUGGGGAUCCCACUACGGCCCACAGAGGGAGGACUGGAACGCUUAUGGCCCAGGACCUUCCAGCACAGUUGCUGCUGCUCAGAUCAACAGCUCGUCUCCUGGACAGGUCUCCUACACUUCUGCUGAUUACAGCUCCCUCCAUCCCGCUGGAUCUGGGGGGUUACCUCCUGUAGAUACAAUUAAUACACAGCAAAUCUCUCCCAACAGCCAAAGGCAUAGCUCUUAUGAAUGGAUGAGGAAAACGGUGCAAUCCACUUCUACAGGUAAAACAAGAACAAGAGAGAAGUACCGAGUGGUUUACACAGAUCACCAGAGAUUAGAAUUAGAGAAGGAAUUUCAUUACAACAGAUACAUUACAAUCAGGAGGAAGUCUGAACUUGCUGCAAACCUAAGACUUUCCGAGAGACAGGUGAAAAUCUGGUUCCAGAAUCGCAGAGCCAAAGAAAGAAAAUUAAUGAAGAAGAAAAUGACUCAUUUUGAUGGCAGCAGCCUUGGCUCUAUGCAGAGUGACUCUGGCUCAGUGAGCCCAAUGCCAGUUCCUGACCAACAGACUCAUUCAGAAAUGCCCAGUUCUUUAUUCCCACCUCCUCCUCCUCCUCCACUUCCCAUGAAUGGUUUGCAGCACAACGGGAAUCUGCAGCAGGUAGUGGCCUCUCAGUAAGGCUGCUGGAAGAGCUGCUAUAGAAUGAACACUAUAAACUACCAGUACAUGGAGCACUACAGUAUGAGAGGACAGCUGUAGCUGUUUUGCAGGAGUCCCCAGCAUGACAUGGAUUUGUGCACAUAAGCUUCCAGGACAGUAAGCCAAGAGCUCCUUGCCAGGUCUGCAGCUCCCAAGGACAAUGGAACUGCUGUGUGCCAGGAGCCCUUGCUGCAGGGUACCUCUGCAAGGGAAUGCCAUGCCCAGCUGUGCCCCACGGCACAGGGAGGGAGGAGAGCCAGGACCAGCUACAGUCACUUGUUACAGGACAUAGCAGACAAAAAAGCACAGAACAGGCCCCAGGCAAUCCAGCCUUGCUGAGGGCAGCUGUAAGGGGUGUGUAAGGGGGUGCUCUGUCUGUCCCUCACCCCAGGCAGAGACUGUAUUCCUUCUCCUUUGAUCUCCACACAGGUUCUACAUACUCACUUUCAUGGACUUUACACAUGGCUCUUGAUAAAUGAAAACCUGGCAUAUACGUUCUGACCCACUUGAUGGAAAGCCGGGGUUGUGGUGGUUGCACUCACUACAUGUUAAGGGCAAAGGUCAGGGAUGAGCUUUUUGGAAUUUUCUGGGUUUGACUGGUAUGAUUUCCAAUGCUCCAUACACUGGUAUACACAUGCACUCCUCAAUCUUACCACAAAUGUUGCAAAAGCAUUCUGGAAUUCUGACUUUUGGCCCCAAGUUUGGUUUUGGUGGAAGAAAGACUGUAUAAGACUCAUUUUGUAUCCUACAGGAAAGAACAAAGGGGGGGGGGGCCGGAAUCCUGUUAAAAAGUGAAGAUACUGUAAAAAGUAACUUCACUUCAUGGGGUAGCACAGCCCAUGGAUAAAGAUACAAUAAUUACAUUCAACUGGUUUUAUAUUCAGUCCACUUUUCAGAACUACUGUGAACCUAAAAAUGUCUGAGAAGCAAAAAUAAUGGAAGACCAAGCACACAAAUACUUCAAAUAUAAGCUCUCAGCAGUUUUUAAGUGGGUCUCAAUUCCAAAGGGCAGAUCCCUUCCAAAUUACGCAGAAUUCCAUAGGUAACCAGUACUUAAGCAUAAUCUGGAUGCUUACUUCCCAAGAUGACUACCAAUUGCAUGUGCAUAACCUGUCUGCAAAGGGAGAAUUUUCAGAGCACAAAAAUGAUUUGGGAAUUGAUACCCUCAUUGUCAAAAACAGUUCAGAUAUUUAGGAAGCCCAUCCUUGCUGAUUUUCAUCAGGGUGUCCUCCUGAAUCUCUGCCACUGUUGCAAAUAAGACUUAGGAGCGUUAAGUCCUUUAGGCACUACAUUCU